AUGACGCCGAAACGAGUCAGAACAGUCGAAGGCUCAUGCUGGGCCUGUAAAGACCGUCGUGUCAUAUGCAACUUGCAACGGCCGCAAUGCUCGCGCUGCACCUCUGAAAAUCAGGUGUGCGAGUACGGCAAGCUGCGACUCAGAUGGUGUAAUGGCGUCGCUGCUCGAGGUCGUUUUGCGGGUCAAAAUGUGCCGGUGUCGAGCGGUAGCCCUACAGAUAGCAAAUACUCGGUGAACGGGCAGCUGUCGCCGUCAACGUUGACUUCGCCAUCGCCAUCGUUCUCAUUGUCAUCGUCGCCGCUUUCGUCUAAGCGAGAAACAAGUUUAGAACUCGUGAGAGUGGCCGAUGAAGAGGAAGGAGAAGAGAUUCAAUCGCCAGACACCAGCAAAACUUGUCAAUUUCCAGAAGUGCCAUCACUUGUAAUAGCCGAUGAGUUGAUGCUGUACUUUGAGCACAUUGUGAUUGACCGCUUCAAUCUCUCCACCCAACCGGUCCUAGUAGAUCUGGUCGCGGUAAACAAAUAUCCAGCACUCCGGUACUCGGUAACUGCAGUUGCCAACGCCCACCAGCAACUUACCUACCGUCCUGGACAGCAUGACGCCUUUCUAUCCAAAAGAACAGCUCGUCUUAAAGCGAUUUACAACUUUCGCACACAGUUGGAGAAUCCAACUCAUCACCGAAAAGCACGUCGUGUUCCUCCACUAGAUUUAUUCCUUGCCAACGUUCUCCUUUGCAUUCUCGACGGCGUGAUUGAUCCCAACGACGAGAGCGCCGCUUGUCAUGUCCACUAUCGCGGUGGAAGAGCCAUUCUGAGUCAAUGGAAACUGCAUCAACAGCUUCUUCAACGACAUAAACGUGGCCUUCCAGCGUUGAUGUUGUCGUGUUUCGCGACUAUGGAUCUGACAUAUUCACUGCUUACUGGUGAGGAGCAGUAUUUCCGCGAUACUACAUGGGCUCAUUUCGCUGGUAGCGAUGGAUGGUGGGGUGUGCUUCCGCCGUGUGACCCGUUCCUAGAUAUCAUGCGGAUACUAUCCCGUCUGGCUCGUUUGGGACAUGCCGUACAUAGUGGUAGUGAAAGUGCACUCUUCGGCGAUGAGUUGGAGGCCCUUACCAUGGCUCUAAGGGGCUAUGCCACCCCCAUGGAUGGAUUAGAAACCCUAUUCAUGGGCCAACAAAACGAUAUUUUUGCCCUCAAACCCUCUCGCAACACACAAACUCCCUUGUCACCUCACCUUCUGGCCCCCAUGUACUCAUACAAGGCCCAACUUGAGCUUGACGAAUCCUGGACCGUGUUUUGCAACGCCUACCGUCUUACAGGACUCAUAUAUAUAUACCGCGUCUUCCAUCGCCUCGAUGUUUCGCACCCCUUGGUCCAACAAGCCACCUCCCAUGGCCUUAGAGCUAUAUGCGAGUCACGUCUUAAGGGCAAACUAGCUCAUUGCCUUCUCUUCCCAGCACUUGUGAUCGGUGCACAUUGCCGAACAGCACCCCAGCAAAAGGCAAACCUGAUGGCUAUAAGAUCGACAGCUGCGUUUUUGAAUUUUGGUUCCUUGAAGGUCAUGGAGACUUUCCUGCGAGGGUUAUGGGCGCGAGUACCGUUAGUUGAGGAGGAGCAGGAGGAGCAAUCUGAGUCGUGGUGGGAAUGUUUCACGCCUAUAGCGGAAAAGACGUUCCUCUUUUAG